UACAGGAAGUACUUGUGAAAACAGGUGAUACAGUUGUCUUAAAUUGUACAUGCACCAGUCAAACAAACGGGCUCUGGGAUGGACCAAAUAAAUCAGCAUCAAGGAUAAACGGUCUGCACGAAAAAAAAUUAAUGCCAUAUGCACAGGGGACGCUACUUAAUUCAAAACUUAACUUAUCAAAAUAUUAUAUUAUGGGAAGUUAUAAGAACAGAACUUGUAACUUAAUGAUUAAAAACUUUGUGGCUAACGAUGAAGGAAAAUACCAUUGUCAAUAUGUAGAAAAUGACACAACAAUUAGUCGUUUUUACAAAGUUCACAUACAGACUCCGCCUGAUGUCUCAAUUAAAACAACACAUUUAGAAAAUGUAACGUAUCUUGAAUGCCAUGCUACCGGUAGUUCUGGGCCAUACACGUCCAAAAAUUGGGAACAUAAAUCAGUAUCUGGUAAACAUAUACGAUAUAUAGAAGACGCAAAAGACGGUACACUUGUACUUCAGAAAGACAAUUAUCAAAACAGCGGGAUAUUUAUAUGCAGAGUGAACAAUGGCAUCAUUGAUAUAAGCGGAGAGCAUGAUCAGAAAAAGAAAGUAUUGGUACAUUACGAAGGGCCACCGGUGUUUGUUUUAAACAAUAGCAAAACUUGGUUAGGUCAGUGUCAUGGGGAAGUUAUUGUUACUUUGAAAGUCUUUACUUCAUCAUAUAUCACUAGUGAACUAAUUCCCAAACUUGAGGAAGAGAAUGACAAAAGUCAAUCGUCUGAAGUAAUAGGUUCAUUGAUGAAUUUGACAUGUAGAGAGCAUUUAGUUUUCUAUAAUGUCAGUGUUAAAGUGCCAUGCAUAGAAGUGACAUUUAAUUUGACCAAAUCUAUGAAAGACGAUAGCAGGAAUUAUUCUGCGAAAGUGUGUAAUAAAUUUGGGUGUGAUUUCUUUGACGUUAUUGUUAUUUCAACAGAACUGAUGGAAAAUAGGCAACAGUUCUUGUGGUGGAGUGUUACUGUUGUUAUGGUCAUAUUAGCUGUAACAUGCUGUGGAUUGGUGUUUGUAGUCGUUCGAAAGAGAGAGAAAAGAAAGCAGUGUCACAACAUACGGUAA